GGGCGCAUGCGUUAUUCUAUUCCUUUGCAGCCGCUUUUCAGUCGCUAGCUUAUCACCCACUCCUCUCCUUUUCUCCACGUGAGGGGGUUCGCGUACCCCUCGUCGCGCUCUCGGACCUUCUGCUGCUCUCCUGGCCCCCUCACUAUGGCGGGCAUCCUGUUUGAGGAUAUUUUUGAUGUGAAAGAUAUUGACCCGGAGGGCAAGAAGUUUGACCGAGGUAAGUAAGUGUCUCGACUGCAUUGUGAGAGUGAAUCUUUCAAGAUGGACCUAAUCUUAGAUGUAAACAUUCAGAUUUACCCUGUAGACUUGGGUGACAAGUUCCGGUUGGUCAUAGCCAGUACCCUGUAUGAAGAUGGUACCCUGGAUGAUGGUGAAUACAACCCCACAGAUGAUAGGCCUUCCAGGGCUGACCAAUUUGAGUAUGUAAUGUAUGGGAAAGUGUACAGAAUUGAGGGAGAUGAAACUUCUACUGAAGCAGCAACACGUCUCUCUGCCUACGUCUCCUAUGGGGGCCUGCUCAUGAGGCUGCAGGGUGAUGCCAACAACCUGCAUGGGUUUGAAGUGGAUUCCAGAGUUUAUCUCCUGAUGAAGAAACUGGCCUUCUGAACCACCUGGGAAGCCAACCUUCCUGCUUAGUCACUCAGGUUUUGGACAUUUAUUCAUCAGGCCUGAGGAGCAGCUCCUGUUGAUCACCUGUUCAAGAGGGGGUUGUUGUCUGUCCAUUGUGGGUACAUCUUAGGUGGUCUGGACUCAAUGGGAAACUGACUUGCCUGUGAAAGACCUAGUGGCAGAGCUUAAAAUGAAUUAGAAGUUAUUUUGUGUAUAUUAUCUUUUUCAUUAAACGUUACUUUUCAGACUUAAA